GCAGAAUCAAUGCUGUAGCAGGCAAAAGAAUGUGGAAAAAUGUCUCAAAGAGCUCAGAUAUUUCAACAAACAGAGGCAAUAGGUGUCGCUGCAACGCAGCAUGAGGAAUCUAAUCAGAAAGAGCUGACACAGCCAGUAGAGAGCAACAGUAUGCAGCAAGUGACACAACACGAGCAGCAGAGUAACAAUACAGGACAGAGAGCAUCGUUUCCAGCAGCAGCAGAAGGUAGUGGAAGACAAGAACAGAAGCUGACUGAAGAGCUAGCAAAAUAGAGGGAUUAUUACAGUUUUCGGAUUGGAGUCUGUUGGACCUUGUGCCAUGUGCUCAUAUUACAGGCAUUUUUGGAAAAAUGCAUUCAAGUCUCAUCAUGAAGCAUGACCUUCCCAGACAACACUGUGCAAUGAAGCAUUUUCAACAGUAAAAAAAACCCAAAAAAACCUCCUGAGCAUUAUUCAAAUAUAACAGUUUCAGCAAAAUGGAAAAUAGUAGCAAAUUUGACAGCCCCACUAACAUCUCCUUGGCUAACCAUGACAUCGUUUUUAGCAUGAAUGAGUACAAAGCCAUCUCUGUUUUCCUUGUUUUGUUUAUAUGUGGCAUAGGAAUAAUUGGAAACAUCAUGGUGGUUCUGGUUGUGUUCACCACUCGGGAUAUGAGAACCCCAACAAACUGUUACUUAGUUAGCCUGGCAGUGGCUGAUCUAAUGGUCUUGGUAGCCGCUGGAUUGCCCAAUGUAUCAGACAGUUUGGCAGGUACAUGGAUUUAUGGGCAUGCUGGCUGCCUGGGAAUAACUUAUUUCCAGUAUCUGGGAAUCAACGCCUCAUCAUGUUCUAUCACAGCAUUCACCGUGGAGAGAUACAUUGCGAUUUGCCAUCCUAUGAGAGCAAAGACUGUCUGCACUGUAUCCCGGGCUAAACGUAUUAUUGCCAUUGUUUGGAUCUUUACUUCAAUUUACUGUAUGUUUUGGUUCUUUCUGGUGGAUAUCCAUGUAAACAAGAGUCAACAAGUUGAGUGUGGUUACAAGGUCUCCAGAAACCUCUACUUGCCAAUCUAUUUAGCUGACUUUGCAAUAUUCUACGUCACACCACUGCUUGUAGCCACCAUCCUUUAUGGUCUGAUUGGCAGGAUUUUGUUCCUCAGUCCCAUUCCCCAGCACCCUGAGAGCACAACUGAGCGCUGGAGAGAGAAAAGUUCCAAAGAAAAAAACGAAUCAGAGACAGAAGGCAACAAGCCAAGCAAUCGUCUGAAAACAAAGGGGGCCCUGAGCUCCAGAAAACAGGUAACAAAAAUGUUGGCAGUUGUGGUUGUUUUGUUUGCACUUCUCUGGAUGCCCUACCGAACCUUGGUUUUGGUCAACUCCUUUAUGGACAAACCUUACCUAGAUCCUUGGUUCCUUCUUUUUUGCCGCAUUUGUGUCUAUGCCAACAGUGCCAUCAACCCUGUCAUCUACAAUCUUAUGUCUCAGAAGUUCCGUACUGCCUUCAAGAGACUAUGUAAGUGUGGGCAUGAGGAGACCCAAAGAAGAAGCAUGUACAUGACAACUACAAGUUACAGUAUGGUGAAAGAUGGUGUCAAUACUGGUGGGGAUACUAAGGACAAGCCAACUCUAGAGAAAACAAAUAUAAUUGCCAAACAGACCAAUAAAGCAGGCCCUGAAGGUGAUCUCUACUACAGUGUCGUUUAACUUGUCAAGUCUAUGUUAUGUGCCUUCAUGAAUAUCAGUGUACCUGGGAAAUAAUCUGUAUUCCAAGUAAAAACUUUUAUUAAUGUCCGAAAAAAAUAAUAAAAUUGUUGCCCAAUGAUGUCGCAAAAAGGCAAGGUUCAAGGUAUAGGUCAUUAAUAUGCUAUACAUAGUCCAAGAAAUUAAAUAUAUACAGGGCUUUGAUAUGAACACCGACCUUAAACUCUCUUACACUUGCGAUAACUAAUUCUCUAAUAGUUUAGGUAUGGCGUUUAAUGCUUGUCAUCUACAGGUCAGUCAUCAACAGUCAUCUAAUCUAUUUGUAAAUAACCAAAUUAGUCAAACUGACCAGUUUAAGACUCCACUGCACUUUCCGACAGGGAACUUUCUUUAUUAAAUUAAAAAAACAUACCAUACCCAUUAUUGAGGAGAUUGAUAAAAUGACAGAGGUCAAGGAGUUACUGUAAACCACACCCUGAAAUGUUUUUAUGCAAUGUGUUAUGGGAGAAGUAGCAGGAACUGACCUUACUCUUGGCAUUCCUGUUCAGAAUCAAUUGGCUGAUAAUGCUAGGGGAGCUCAAAGGGGAUAAAACGGAUAGAAUCGGGUAAUUUCUUGUUUGGGAUGUUUUUGAAACAAUGUAGCACGGUGACUGCUACAAAAAUAAUUCAUUUAUCUAACCCUGCCAUAAGCUAAGGAAGACAUUUGAUUGCAAUGGAGGGGUAGUUUGAACUGAAAAAGGCCAAAAACCUCUUCUAUUCCUAUUGGUAACAUAACAGUGUGCAAAAUAAUGUUACUUAAAAAAUUGAUAGAUAAAGAUUCCUAUAUAUAUUGUACAUGUUGCACAGUUGUUUGGAUUUGUUAGUUAUAUUGUGGCAGUUGUGGUUAUGGAUAUAUAUAUAUAUAUAUUUUUAUUCAGCCAGAUGUCUGGCAGCAUUUUAAUGUUUUAUACGUUUACGUGUUCCUUAUACCUCAGAUGAAGGGUUGCACUUAAUUUUUAGCUGUAAAAUAAAAAAAGGCUCCAGUAAAACCAAAGUUAUUUCUGUGUGGCAACAGAUUCUAAUACCUAGAUUCAAAUUUAGAUUGCUAGCACCUCUAUCACCAGUGUAAUUUUAGUUUUUUAUCUCACAUAGUUCCAAGUCAGAGAAUCUAUUAUGUACAUAAGUCUUCUAAGCAAGUGUCUCUUAUUAAUUGCCAGACACAAUAAAUACUCCUUUCAUAUAGGCCCUCUUCAGUAAUGUACAUAGACUCCCUAUCAUUUAGCCUAGCUGGAUCAACAUGAAAUAGCAACCCUUGUAUAUAAACUGGAACAACAUUUUAAAAGCUGUUUAAACCAUAUUAUUGUUUCACAUACAGUAUAGCCUCAGGUGUUUUUGUACUACCUUGAAGCUCAGCAAGAAACUGCUAUCAAGUUCAGGGCAAAAAUGUAUCUAUUGCCUUGAGCAAUGUGGUAUACAUUUCUGUACUUCAUUUAUUUGGCAGCAGGAGGUUCAGGGUUCUGAGGCACAUGUGUGAAUGCCAAUCCAGAAAUAUGUAUGACUUGGAGUGGAAAUGAUAACAGUUUGGCAGGCCUAUGUAUAGAGAAACAUACAAAUAAAAAAGCUCUUGAAAAGUU